CACCAUCACCGGAUUCCCGACAUCACACCUCGACCUAUAACCGACCUCCCACUUUUCCCGACGUCCUCGUCGACCUAGUUGUCCCUUGCAGCUGAAACGGAGAAGAAAACGACUAGAUUCAUGCUAGAUUAGCGCAAGCCUCUUACUUGGAGUCUUAGACUGCUCAACGACUCGACGACUUGACCGUCAACCUGCAGCAUUCCCGCCUACCUAUUGUUUGAUUUGCUUCUAUUUUCGGCUCUCUCUCUUUCUCUCUCUCUCUCUCUCUCUUUCCGCAACUUCAACGUGGACCGUCAACUUCCCAUCGCCACAUGUAUUCUCAUCUCGAUCUCACACCUUUUCACUGCCAAGGAUCCUAGAGCCGGUCCCUCGCCCCCGUUCGUCCUCCUCUUGGGCCCUCAUCCAACCUCCUCGCCUUACCAUCCCCCCGCCGCCAACAUGCCCAGAUCAGCACCGCCCCCGGAUCAUCCCACCGUCGCAUUCAGCUCGGGCCGCACCUCCCUAGAUGGAAUUGCCUUUGCCGCCCCAUCCGAUACCGUCUCUGCCCCCGACCUCCGCAUCCUUCACUUCAACGACGUCUACCACAUCGACCCCUCCAGUGCCGAACCCGUGGGCGGCAUUGCCCGCUUCACCACCGCCUUGAACCAGUAUCGAGAAGCCCAACGGUACCGAGGACAUCCCGAUCUGCUCACCUUUUUCUCCGGCGAUGCCUUCAAUCCGAGUCUCGAGAGUGCCAUCACGAAGGGUGAGCACAUGGUGCCGGUUCUGAAUUCCUUUGGGACUGACUGUGCCUGCGUUGGGAACCACGACCUAGACUUCGGCGUCAAGCAGUUCGAGCACCUGAGCGCAAAAUGCCGCUUUCCCUGGCUGCUCGCCAACGUCCUUGACCCGGCCUUGGGAGAAGACGUGCCCCUUGGCCACGCCAAACACACCCACAUGAUCACCGCCUCCAACGGGCUCAAGAUCGGCCUCAUCGGCCUCGGCGAGCGCGAAUGGCUCGGCACCAUCAACUCCCUGCCGCCGAACCUCAUCUACCUCUCCGCCACCGCCACCGCCCGACGUCUCGCCCCUCUCCUCCGCGACCAGGGCGCCGACAUGAUCAUCUGCAUCACCCACAUGCGCGAGCCCAACGACUUCAAGCUCGCCCGCAACACCACAGGGCUCGUCGACCUCAUCCUGGGCGGCCACGACCACUACUACGCCCACGCCCUCGUCGACGGCGUCCACGUGCUCCGGUCAGGCGCCGACUUCAAGCAGCUCAGCUACAUCGAAGCCCGGCGCAAACCAGGCCACCCCAACCCCACCGGCUGGGGGUCCUGGGACUUCGACAUCCUGCGCCGAGACAUCUACUCCUCCAUCCGACCCGACCCGGCCGCCACGCGCCUCGCCAAGCGCCUAACCAGCAAACUUCACCACAAGCUGCGCCGUCCCGUCGGGUGGACCGCCACCCCGCUCGACGCCCGCUUCACCACCGUGCGCGCGCGGGAAUCCAGCGCCGGCAACUUCGUCUGCGACGUCAUGCGCCUCUACCACGACGCCGAGGCCGCCAUCAUGGCCUCCGGCACCAUCCGCGGCGACCAGGUCUACCCGCCGGGCGUGCUCCGCCUGCGGGACAUCACGCUCUGCUUCCCCUUCGAAGACCCCGUCGUGCUGCUGCGCGUUCCCGGCGCCGCCCUCCGCGCCGCCCUCGAGAACGGCGUGUCGACCUACCCGGCGCGCGAGGGCCGCUUCCCGCAGGUCUCGGGCAUCGAGUUCGCCUUCGACCCGGCCCGCCCGCCCGGGGACCGCGUCACCUACGCCCGCGUCGCGGGGCAGCCGCUCGACCCGGCGAGGAAGUACGUCGUUGCCACGCGGGGGUACAUGGCGCGCGGGAAGGACGGGUACGAGUCCCUCCUGGUCGCGUCCGGGGGCGGCGUCGUGGAGGAGUUGGUGGACGAGGAGCACGGCAUCCUCAUCUCCGCCAUGCUGAGGCAGUAUUUCAUGGGGUUGCGCACCGUGGGCCAGUGGAAGAACCUGAGUGACCACUGGAUCCGCAUCGCGAGCGCCGCUGUGACGUCCAGCGAACCCGUCAGGCUGACGCCUUCGCCCCGUCCAGGCGAGGGGGAUGAUGUAACCGCGGCGACGACCCGGAAAGGCGCGGUCGAAGCGGAAGGGCCGAGCCCGACGCAAUCGCUGUGGAAGGACUGGAUUGUGAAACGCCGGGGUUUCGGCGUCCGUCCACCCGACGGAGACGAGGAUGUCGAGAGUGACCUGGACGAAAUCAACGGGGAUGACAGGGACGGUGGGGAUGAUGUGGCCGCCAUCGACCUUGAAUUGCUUCUUAUGCGCAAGUUCUUUCAUCGCUGGGCUGCCAAGGUUGGCGUCCGCGCCCAGACCGGGGAUCCUCUUCACGGGUGUGACUACUCGGUCGACUGGACCCGGGUGAUUGCUCCUGUCGUCGAGGGGCGCAUCAAGAUUGUCGGGGCGUAGGGGACAUCUCAUGACUGAUGGACGGUUAGAGAAAGUAUAUUACCUCGUAUUUCCCAGGGCUGGGCCUAUCAAUCGGGCCCCAUCAGGCCCUAUCGGGCCCUAUCGGGCCCUAUCCUCUGGCUGAUCCAUGGAUUACCGUUUUCAUGUUGAUAUUCUGCUGGUAACUAUCUGCAGACUCAUGGCUACUUCGAUCCAUGUAUUUUAUCCUUUAGAUUUUCUCUCCGUGCAUCUGCGUUUCCGAGACCCAGUCUGAAAAGAUAUCAAGCCCGCACAGGCCAUAAGA